AUUAAGCUUAAUUACACAUGAGGCAGCCGUCAAAACAAAAGCCACCGCUUCUUUAAAUCAUCUCCCCCUUUUUGAAUUUUUUUUUUUGGAGUGAGGAAGGAAAACACACGAGGAGGAGAGAAAAAAAAAGCAGGCGAAGCCACUCUGUCACCAAAAUAUCCACACAUACUGGCACGCAAUCCGACACUCCCCUUCAACACGAGCACCAACACACAGACUGACUGACCAGCGCUGUCCAGCCGCCCUGAAGCGCAGAGCCUGCUGUGUGGAUGUGUGCAGCCCCCUGGACUUGGUGGGAGGGGGAGAAGUUUCCCCAAAGACAAGCUUGGAUCACUGAGAGAGAGAGACGAUGCCUUCCUCCUCCUUCAGCCCAGUCUCACCAGCUGCUCAGUGGAUUUGCUGAUUUCCGAAAUUAAUUUUCUGCAAGUUAUUCAACGGGACUGAGGGGAGAUUUGAAAGCAGAGGAUGCUCCCACAGGUCAUUCGGAUUCUGUAUGUCUUGUCUUUCUGCUUUUUCCAAGGAGGCUUUAUCAGACUGAGCUCCUGUAAGGAGGAGAUAAAGCCCCCCAGCAGGGCAGGACCACAGCUGUCGCCUUCUGACUUCCUGGACAAGCUCAUGGGGAAAACAUCAGGAUAUGAUGCCCGCAUCAGACCCAACUUCAAAGGCCCACCUGUGAAUGUCACCUGUAAUAUUUUCAUCAACAGCUUUGGGUCCAUCACGGAAACUACAAUGGACUACAGGCUCAAUGUAUUUCUACGGCAAAAAUGGAACGACCCUCGCCUGGCAUACAGCGAAUACCCAGACGACUCCCUCGAUCUGGAUCCGUCCAUGUUGGACUCUAUCUGGAAACCUGAUUUAUUCUUUGCGAACGAGAAAGGAGCUAACUUCCACGAGGUCACCACUGAUAACAAGCUGCUACGGAUUUUUCAAGAUGGCAGCGUUCUGUACAGCAUCAGGCUGACUCUUACCCUGUCCUGCCCUAUGGACUUGAAGAAUUUCCCAAUGGACAUUCAGACCUGUACAAUGCAGCUUGAAAGCUUUGGUUACACCAUGAACGACUUGAUCUUUGAGUGGCUGUCUGACAACCCCGUUCAGGUGGCUGAUGAUCUCACCCUCCCACAGUUUGUGCUUAAAGAGGAGAAGGAUUUGGGCUACUGCACUAAGUAUUACAACACAGGUAAAUUCACCUGCAUCGAGGUGAAGUUCCACCUGGAACGUCAAAUGGGCUACUACUUGAUCCAGAUGUACAUCCCUUCCCUCCUCAUCGUCAUCCUCUCGUGGGUAUCUUUCUGGAUAAACAUGGACGCUGCACCAGCCAGAGUGGGUCUGGGCAUAACCACUGUGCUGACAAUGACCACGCAGAGCUCUGGUUCAAGGGCCUCACUGCCCAAGGUGUCCUAUGUGAAGGCCAUUGACAUUUGGAUGGCGGUGUGCCUUCUGUUUGUGUUUGCUGCCCUGCUGGAGUAUGCAGCAGUCAACUUUGUCUCAAGGCAACACAAGGAGUUCAUCAGGCUGAGGAAAAAGCAGCGGCAGCAAAGAAUAGAGGAGGAACUGGUGAGGGAGAGCCGCGGAUUUUACUUCCGGGGUUACGGACUGGGUCACUGCCUGCAGAACAAGGAUGGUACCACUGUGGAGGGGGCCACUGUGUUCACCCCGCCGCCUCCCCCUCCUCCGGUCACCAUGUUUGACGGAGAGGUGCUUCACAAGCGUUUUGUGGACCGGGCCAAGCGCAUUGACACCAUAUCCCGAGCCGUCUUUCCCUUGAGCUUCCUCAUAUUCAACAUCUUCUACUGGAUCACCUACAAAGUGCUGCGACACGAGGACAUCCAUGCAAAUUUGUAAAAAACGCUCUCUGCCGACUCCAGUUGCUACGUUUUAGGUUUUUUUCUCUCAGAACCAAAACUGCCUGUCAGAUCUACAUUACAACGAGGAAAUGUGUCAAGAGGCGUCUCUGCUUCUUAAAAACCAUUGCUAUAAAAACUUUGUGCUCAGGUGCGUCUUCAGGAUCUCAGACCGAAGAGCGAUUAAGCUGAAAGACGAGGUUAAGCUGUGUGGAUUCAGGCUGGUGUUGUUUGUGAAUGCCCUCUUGUGUCUGUCUUGGUUUGAUUCGUGCGGAUUACAACAGAGACAAAACACUGCUGGUUAUUGGUGGGUUCGUGACCUUUGCUUGAGAUGAUGAGAGCUCAGAGAAGGCGAUGUUGAUUCUGGCUGGAUGAGACAAACUGACUUGAAUUUUGACACUGCGCAUCUUUGAAUGAAUGUUUUUGAAAAUUCAAAAGAUUAAAAAAAAAGGUUUUUUUUUACACCUUUAGAGUAUCUAAUGGGUACCAAUGGGUGCAGGGGAGGAAUGGGUCUUUGAUAUUUAUUAUUAUUCAGUAAGUGGUGAUAAUUCAAUUAAGAUUAUAUAUAUAUAUAUAAAACAGUGUAUAAAGUGUAUAAAAGCUGUUCAUUAAACUGCACAAAGCACAAAUAUGUAUUUCCUUUUGUCUAAAUUUAAAUAAAUUGUUAUUCUGCCAGGAAAACAAAUGAUAUGUUCCUCUUUAAGCUCAAGAUUCAAUUGAUUACUUAAAAAAAAAAAAAAAAGCAGGAAAUGCAUUUUUUAAGUGCAUAAGAAAUUCAGUCACAGCAUAAAUGCAUCACACACAGUUGCUUUUCUAUUUUAGUCCUUAAAUAGACCCCAUCAGCUCCAAAUCCAAGGAGGCAAGGAAAAACCUUCAAGGUGGAAAUCAAUACAAUAAAGCAAACUGUAAAUUCUGCAACUAAGUAAUCCGUUCACAUCAGUGGCUCUGGGUCUUUGUUUUUGUUUAUUUAUUUAUUAUGCCUGUAAUUGUUAGCUGUGAACCCAUACACUGAGAUAAUCAAUCUAAGAGGAAGCUGGACAACUUUGCAUAAGAGCUGCCAUUUCUCUCCCAGUCUCAGGAGUGGCUUUGAAGGUGUGGAAACGCUGGGCUGCGGUGGGGGGGAGCAUCACCAGCGAGGGAGGACGAAUGGGUUUUUUAAUGGGAAAUCAGAGGGUUGUUUUAUCAACUAAUGAGUUUGAAAAGGGCUUGGUGUUCCACUGCUAAUGACAAUGAAUUCAGAGAGGCAGCUGGAGCCUACUGUCCUUUUGUCGGCAAUCCUAAUCAACUCCUCUGUAUUGUAUGGUUCCCCAGGUAAUGAAAAAGAGUGUGCGUGUAUGUGUGUGUGUUUCCAAGCAUGCAUUUGUUGCUACUUUACCCUCUCUCCAUUGUUAUAUUGAUAUAGAUUUUCUAAAUGUAUCCAGUGUUCCAUAUUAUCUUUUCAAAUCACAGCCUUCUGAACUGAAAUGAGGGAGUUCUCUUGCAGGUUUUUAUAAUGGGUCGACGGCACAUGCUGCACGUCUUGCUGCACGGAGCGUAAAAAACGAGAGGAGCCGAAGAUAGCUGAUGGUUUGCAGAAUAAGGACAGAAUGGCUUGACAUAUUCACCAAAGUCCUUCCUACUGACAGCUUAAGUAGAUUUAUAAAAACAGAAUGUGAGGGCAUGCAAAUGUCGAAAAGAUUGGCUGUUGCUUGUCACUGCCGCUGCUCUCACUAUCGCUGCUCUCACUAUCGCUUAAGUCCCAGUUCUAAAAACAAACAACUCCAGAACUGAAAACCUUGGAUUGGAGCCAUUUUUUUCUUCAAGUCGAUGAUAAAAAGGACUAAGAAUAGCUGCCAUUUUGAAUGUUAACACGCUACAUACUCAAAAAACAUCUUUGAAAAUCAGUAUGCAAAUGUCAAAAACAAUGACGAUUGCACAUCUCUUGCACUGCCUUUAAAAUCAUCAGACUCUUAAACACAAAAAUGGUACUUUCUAAUGAAACCAGUGGCUUUCUUAUAGGUCAAAAUUAAUAAGGUUAUAAAAAUAUACCAUGUUGGAUUUUCUUGAAAAACAGUUGUAGACUCAUACAAAGGUAAUCCCUCUCAAUCAUCCCCUAAGACCCACUCUCAGUGUGUGGUGGUGUAUUUUUCUGCGGAGACUCUGCCCUCUGCCUGUAUUUUCUUAUUUUCUGGGUUCGGAACAUUUAUGGUGUGUACCUUCACAGUGCUCAGAUGAUGUAAGACUUUAUAAAAAGAUAGUCAGACUGUAAGCAGCAGGCAUCCAAGAGAAACAACGACAAAAUUAAAAUGCAAAUAUAGUGAAGGGACACGCCAAACGAAAAUGAGCCACUGACCCUGCCAGUGCCCCUCCUGCUUCUCUUUGCAGGGUGUCUGCAGGUAGAGAUGGGUGGAGCCAGCGCCUUCAUCAUUUCUACCUGGGCGCAGCUGGGCCUAAGUUAUUUAAGCCAGCUCCUCCUUCAUCUACCCUUUGGUUUGCGUUCACAACACCACGCACACAUUCCACAUUACAAACAGAUUUACAGACUACAGGUGAAUUUAUUAUCUUUUUGGUUAAGUUUCGAAUAAAAACUUUGUUAAAAUUACUUGAAUCUUGGUUGAUCUCCCUCUUUAUCAAGCUCACUGAGCCUGGGCUGUGACAAUUAAUGUGGUAAAAGUAUACCAUGCAGGAAUUGUCGAUUACUGUUGGUAAACAAUAUCUCCAGCAAAUGUAAAAGCCAAGCCCAGGUUCACUUAAGUUUGCUUUUUUUUUUCGCUCCUGUGUCCACAGUUUUCAUAUCUUCCUCUUGGAUGUGUAUUGCUUGAAGUUAGGCACCUGGUUGCUAUACCAUUUUAUAAUAUCCCAACCUUACCAAACAGUCUCUGCAGAUAAAAACACCAUCACACACCUCUAGAGGAUCAUAAGUGAUGACUGAGUGUGAUUAGUUUUGUAUGUUUCCAUACAGUCUAUGGUCUAGAUAGUGUUUUUUAAGAAAAUCUUACAUAUUAUACCUCUCAGGCUUUAUAAAUCAGUUUUAACCCAUUAAUGUGAUUUACCUUUGAGUGGCAUGUCCUAAUAAAAUCCCAUUUGGUGGCAUUUAUCCUGCUCCAGCACGGCUCUUUGUCUUAUUAUCUCUUUGGUUUAUCAUGAUGACACCUCAAAUGGAUGUUUCCACCAUUUAUCAUCUGAUAAACUGCCUUGUUAAUGACCUACUAACAUUUAUUUAUUCAUUUUUAAUUAUUUACUAUGUUUAUGUUAUGUACCAAUACACCAAAGCAACUUCCUUGUAUGUGAACAUCUACUUGGCAAUAAACUGGACUCUAAUUAUAGCAACUAACCAGAUGGCUUACUGGAAAGUGGGAAACACUUCAGUAUUUAUUAAUGGAUAAAUUCUAACUGAAUUAUUUGAAGGCAGAAAGGAUAAACAAUCAGCGACAGGAAGUUUUUAAAGCCUGGCAACACAAAAGUCGCUCUUUUAAAUGUAUUUUAACUUAUCUAUCAUAAGAAAAAAAAAAAAAA